AUGGACAACGCCACGGAAAUGGAGGAAAAAUAUAUCCAGAACGGUGUGUUACUGAAGAAGGCGAAUGCCACUUACAUUUCUGUACUCAAUGCAGAAGGCAUUUUAACGUUCGGUAAGUGCAUCAAGACUUCCAUGCACAUGCUGGAGUGGAAACCCGAAACAUGUGAAAUCACCGACUCCGAGAGCUUGGAAAGUGGCUGGUCGUUGGUAGAUCCGAUUGCACGACAAUCGUCCCCACAACAGCCGGUGCUUGCCUCUACUACGACCACAUCUCUACCGUCGGCGACCAUAAAAGAACGCACAGGUUGUGAAGACCUUAUACAUAACUGCACAAUUAGACCUAAACUUUCUAUCCGAGUGUUUCUGCGUGAUUUGAAAGGCUUAGAAGCGUAUAAGGACGAACUGCGAUUCUACAACCACGAUCAAACGGUACACAGUGUUUACCUAUUUCGGCAAUCCUCUACCAGCAGUUUGUUACAGCUUCUAGAACGUAGCCGUUGUGUGCGCAAGUGCUCAAACCGCAAAAAUUUUUAUCGCUGUAUCGAUGAUCCCGACCAGGAUAAGUUGCAGAAAUCCUUUUCUGAGCUUAAUAUUGCGGAUAUUCGUGCCCGUCCGCGUCCACGGCCGUACAUGGAUAUGUUGUCUAAGCUGGCUAAUAUGCAACAAAUACUUCCUAUGCAUCUGUCUGUUUCGCAAAAUCUCACAUCAAAUGAACAACGAACGAGCAACUUAAUCGACGUUAGUGAAUCUGAUUCGGUUCGGUACACAUCUCUAGCUGACGCUGGCGAACUACCGGAUGAUAAAAGAAAACUUGCUCCUCGGCCACCAGUUCAUCGAGGUCUUCCACUAGACGCUGGAACAUGGGAAGAGGUUAAGUCUCCUAAUGGAUCCAUUUCUGAUCCAGUGCGCGUCAAAGAAAUUAUCUUUCGUGGGGGCAUUAAGCAAGAUAUUAGAGCUGAAGUUUGGAAAUACCUGCUGGGGCUAGAUAUCUGGGAACACACCGACCAGCAGAAGGAUGAACGAAGGGCUCAUAAAACGCAGGAAUACUUUCAAAUGAAGUUCCAGUGGCUGACAAUGACACCUACCCAAGAACAUAACUUCACCGGCUAUCGUGAACGUAAAUGCCAGAUUGAAAAGGAUGUCAAACGAACAGAUCGUACGUACGAGUUUUUUGCUGGUGACGACAAUCCGAACUUGGCGAAGCUGCAAGAUAUUCUGAUGACCUACGUUAUGUAUAACUUUGACUUGGGUUACGUCCAAGGCAUGAGUGACCUACUAGCACCCAUUCUAAGCCUGUUGCAGAACGAAGCUGAAAGCUUUUGGUGUUUUGUCGGCUUUAUGCACAAAGUUUUUGCAAACUUCGACGUUGAUCAGAAGGGCAUGAAGCAACAGCUCGAGCAUCUGCGUGUACUCCUAUCGUUCGUCAACGAGCGUUUAUUCAACUAUAUGCGUGAGAAUCAAUCUGAAAAUAUGUACUUUUGUUUCCGCUGGUUACUGGUGUGGUUUAAACGCGAAUUCUCGAACUCGGAUAUAAUGCAUCUUUGGGAGGUUCUCUGGACCGGAUUACCAUGUCCGAAUUUCCAUUUAUUUAUAUGUGUAGCAAUUUUAGACCAAGAGAUGGACGUGUUCAUAGAUGGACAGUUUAGCUUCACAGAAAUCUUAAAGCAUGUUAACGAGCUGUCGGGAAAUUUGAAUCUGGCUGCCGUACUCGAGCAGGCAGAAAGCAUCUAUUUGCAAGUGAAGCAAACUCUUGAAACAUCACUUAUGGAACCUUACCACGAGUUACGAAAAAUCAUAGGCGAACAGGUGCCUUCAAGCGACGACGGGACCGGUAGUAAUACCGAAAACGAAGAAGACGACGAUGAUAGCUGCAUGUCUAUCGUGAAUGCGCGUUCGCCAGUAGAAAAAGAAAUAUUGCAACGAAAACUUGAUGAGGCCUGUGAUUUAUCAUUGAGUUACAUGUUCUUUUAAGUACAUUAAUCGGAACAGGGUAUACGAUAGGAAUGGGAAACAGCUAACCUUGGAAAUAAAC